AGAAGAAAACCAUGCAGUGUAACCGGUUGUAUGUGGUGCUCCGCCCCUCAGCCUCUACGCGUCGUGGAAAUAUAAGUUGUAGCAAUCCGAACCUUCUUUCUUUCUUUACUUCCUCGGUAGUUCUCGUGCGAUGGAGAAAGAAACCCUUGCAACACAACUUGACAACUACAUCCGCUCCCUCGCCGCAUGUCUCGCGCCGGGUCCACCAAACGGCCAGUUCGUGGGCAGCGCACGGCUGCCAGCGAAGUUCGAGGAGAUACAGAUAUAUUUGGAUGCGCGGCAGUGGCGAAGUCGUGCACGUCCAGACUGUCCUUGAUCGGCUCGAAGAGUUGCUGGAAACCGGCCUCAAAAAGGAUUUGCAUCUUUCUUGCCUGAACUUUCAACCAAAUGUGACGGUUAUGAUCUUGCCCGAGCACCUAUUCGUCGCGAGAUAUAACCAGCAGCAAUGGCGAGAAGCAGUUGGCAGAGUGGUGUCGGAGAAGGAGUGUCAUGAGGCUGCUGCGCGGUGUCCGGAAAUCACACCGGCCUCUCAUGUUGUCGCUCGUAUCCCGGCCCCAAAGCCAGCGCUUGCGCCGAAGCCAGAGCGAACAGUGCACCCUCUUCCGCAGAGGCCUCCCUGGGACGCACAGGGAGCAGUAGCUGCCGCGGCUGUCGUCGUCACUGCUGGCGGGACGGCCGCCUCCUUGAACCGAGCCCACAACCACCAAGAAAGGCUCUAUGAGCCUCUCCCCGCAUCAGCACCGCCUGUGUUCGCGCCGUCAGCGUCGCUGAUCAUACCAUUUCAUACCCACCCAUUAUUCCCCUCAAAUCCCUAUGAGCCUCAUUCCCUAGAAUCAGCAUUACCUAAAUCGCUACCUCCGGCGUCGCGGUCCACACGAUCUUACGCCUUCUCACCAUCUUCCUCGUCCGCACUAGAAUCGGCAACCUUCCCGCUUCACCAUGCGCCGGACGAAGAUUUACUCCCCACGCCGUUCAACACAUGUUCCUCCCACCGCUCCAGGCCCCUCCUCGAGGACGCGUGCCAUGGCUUCAUCGGUACCUACAUGACGUACCUCCUCGAGCAAAAGGGUUGGACGAUUCCACAAGCUGCAGAGCUCCACGUGUAUAUUCGAAAGAUCAUUCCGACCUGGUGCGGAACUUCGGAUGGCCUCGACGUGCUCAAAGCCCUUCCUCAGCUGCGAAAUUCUGCUGUCCAUCGAGUUCGGAUAUCCUCCACCGAGAUGGGGCGGUUCUUUUCCCUGGCGGAGAUCGGUGCCACUAUCCUCGGGGAUAAUGAUGCUAAUUCGAAGAUAUUGCGGCUGAGCUCUCUUUUCAGCCGGAAUUAUAUUUGGCCAAGGCAAGGCCGAGAAGCGGUGAUAAAUAUGAGGGAGAGGAGGUUGAAACACCUGGAGUUCGUAAAGGGCGAGAUCGAAAAAGAGGAAUUGUGGUGAAAAUCUGUCGCACCGAUAUUCGAGCACUGGGACGGGCAACCAGCACAGGAGAAGCUGCAGGCUUCACUCCAGUCGGGGGUCGAUAAUAUACUACUCCACAAAGGACAAGGGUGCUGUAUUCAUGGGAGAGGAAGGGGGA